AUGACAUUCAAGCCAGAGCAGCUGAAUUGGUCGGCAUCUCUACGCAUCGCUCAUCCAUCCCCAUCCGCCUCCAAGGGUUUGCAGGGCGAUAAGAUCCUGCUUCCGCAGUCGGCUCUUGAACAGCUUCUGGCAAGAGCCCCUUCGACCUUCACAUCGUCGACGUCGCACACUUUUACUGCCUUCGAUCCUUUCAACCCCUAUGCCGUAUCCGAUGCCAGACGAGAACGUGCGCAGUAUCGCGAGACUAGCCAGCAAUUACCUCACCCGUUGAUGUUUCAACUGGUGAACCAGAAGAAUGGAAAUUCUGUUUACGCUGGUAUCCGAGAGUUUUCGGCAAACGAAGGCGAGGUCGCCCUCAGCCCCUACCUGAUCGACGCACUUGGAAUACAGCACGAAGACAUACAGCAAGAGCCAAUGUUCGAAGACGAAGUGGUGGGCCUUACGGACGAUGAACCCACCAAGACAGAAGGGCUGAGAAUAAGUGUCAAAGCUAGGCAGCUCCCGAAAGGCACAUACGUUAGGCUACGACCGCUUGAGGCUGGUUACAAUCCUGAUGACUGGAAAUCCCUCCUUGAAAGACAGCUCCGCGCAAACUUUACCACACUCACAAAGGACUCAAUUCUGUCGGUUCAUGGAGUGAAGGGAGAGGAGUUUCGGUUCCUGGUCGACAAGCUCUUGCCGGAAGGAAGUGGAAUCUGUGUUGUGGACACCGAUUUGGAAGUUGAUAUUGAACCCCUAAACGAAGAACAGGCUCGCGAAACCUUGCGUCAUAUCGCUGCCCAGUCACAGCGUGCGCCAGGAACGGAUGCUGGUACUUCAAUCGGUCACACGAUAGACAUUUGGAAACAGGUUGAUGGUCAGGUUCUAGAUGGAGACUAUGCCGAUUACGACUUACCAUCCUGGGACAAAUCUCGCCCGGUCGCCAUCGAGUUGACAAUACAUGGCGACCACGAGGUCGACCUUUUUGUUAGCCCCAAGUCUAACCGUCAACGAGCAUUACCCAGGGAUACAGAGCACGUCUUUGGCGACUUCUCUUCGCCGAAAGAUGGCCUGAAGCGCAUCGUCAUUCAGCCUACCAAUGCUGAGCUUGAGGGGGCAGAAGCUUUACUUGUUUCCGUUCACGGGUUCUGCCUUCCAGGCAAGGAUGCGGUGGGAUCAGUCCCAGCAAAAUACACUCUACGUGCAAAAGCUGUUGACGCACAAGGCUCUGUGACAGCUCCCAUCGACCUGAGCAGCUCAGCACCCAAGUCCACAACGGAAGAACAGUGCAGAAACUGCCAUCAGAUGGUACCCAAGCAAACAAUUGUGCUCCAUGAGAACUUCUGCUUGAGAAACAACAUUGUCUGCUCUCAGUGCAAGAACGUGUUCCAGAAGAAGUCGGCCGAAUGGGAAGCUCACUGGCAUUGCCCCGUGCAUCCAGAGGCCUAUGGCUCAAGCAUGCUGAGCAGGUCGAAACAUGACUACGUCCAGCACACUGCGCAUACAUGCACUGCCUGCGGCCCAUCGUCUCCUUUCACCUUCCCCUCGUUACCAGAGCUGGCCCGCCAUGCCACCACUAACUGCCCCCACAAACUUAUACUCUGUCAGUUUUGCCACCUCGAGGUUCCUCAAGAGGGCGAUCCGCUCGAUCCGUCUUCAGAAGCGGAGACAGUACUGUCGGGUUUGACAGCUCACGAGAGAGCUGAUGGCGGGCGCACAACCGACUGCCAUCUUUGUGGCUCCAUCGUCCGUCUCCGAGACAUGGCUGCCCAUGUGGCUCAUCACGAACUUGACAAGGCCCAGAAGCCAAAGCCAGAGUUGUGCAGGGGUGAGCUUUGUGGUCGCACACUCCACGGCAUUGGACCUCGAGGCCAAGUCAAUGGUGGGACUCAGAUGGGUCAAGGGCCUGGAAACAGUCUGGGGCUUUGCAGUCUGUGCUUUGCGCCACUCUAUGUCAACAUGCACGACCCAGAAGGAAAAUCGUUAUGCCGCCGGAUUGAGAGACGCUACCUCGCCCAGCUCACGGCAGGUUGCGGAAAGAAAUGGUGCCAGAACGAGUGGUGCAAAACAGGCCGGGCAAACCGUGGGCUGGAAGCGCUGGGCACCAGUGUUUCGACUGCGCUACCGUUGGUGAAACCGCUUCUCGAGGCGAUCACUGACCACAGUCAACGCAUGCACUUCUGUGUCGAUGAGGCAUCGCAACGUCGGAAAAAAACGGCCGAGAUUCUUGCUGCUGAGGGCGUAUGGGAUCUCGAAUGGUGCAUAGCUGCCAUGGAGGCAGAGGGUGGGAAUCUAAGCAAGGCACGGGGUUGGCUAGCAGACUGGGCGCCAACAAAGGUUCCUAAAUAA